AAUUGCAGUGAUAAGAUAGGGAAACAUUUAGCUGAACGCUCUAAAACACAGAUGAUUGUUAGUUCCAUUCGUGAUCCCAAUCCGGUAACAAACCUUUCCAUCCUAAAAUGUGGUUGCGAUUCGUUUUUACCGGUUGCUUGUUGCUGCUGGGCAGUGUGCUAUCGAGUGCGGAUGGAUACAAGAUACUGUUUCUUGUGCCAUUUCCUGGACCAAGCCAUUGGUUAAUGUUGAAACACUUUAUACGUGAGCUUACCGAACGGCAGCAUCAGGUAACGUGUAUAACAGCCUUUCCGUUUGGCGAGAAGCUCCAAAACUACGAUGAGAUUCUUAUUGAUCCGCCGUACCCCAUUCGGGAAACAUUUCCCGUGGAGGGCUUGUUCGCGUCUAGUCAAAAAUCGGAUUUCGUCAAGCUGUUCAUGUACUGGGAUUUAGGCUUCAAUACAAGCCGGCAUGGUUUGGAAUCGGAGAAUGUGCGCCAGUUUAUUCGGCGUACCGAUCUCGAGUUCGAUUUGAUCAUAGCCGAACAGUUUUUCCAGGAAAGCUGGCUCAUGUUCGCGCACAUAUACAACGCACCGAUCGUUACGAUUAGCACGUACGGCUAUUCGGACUUUUUCGAUCGGAUCAUGGGCUUACAGACACCGUGGUCCUUCGUGCCGCACAUGGUCCUCUCCUAUGAGGAUGACAUGAACAUCUUUCAGCGAGCAUACAACGUGAUACUUUCGUCGUUUGAUUCCGUUUACCGCAGAUACAAAUAUCUUCCGCAGGCGGACCAGCUGGCAAGGGAAGUAUUUGGGGAGCUAGCUAAGGAGCCCGAUAGUUUGCCAAGCAUAACCGAGCUGGAACAGUCCAUUUCGGUUAUUUUGGUCAACAGCCAUCCCAUUCUGAGCAUAGCGCGACCAAGCAUUCGUGGUCUGGUGGAUAUAGGUGGAGCUCACAUUCGUGCACCUAAGCCACUGCCGGACGAUCUGCGCCAGUUUAUGGACGAAGCACGGCACGGUGUAAUCUAUUUCUCGCUCGGUGCGUACAUGCAGAGUGCAGUUAUGCCGGUCGAGAAGCGUACGGCAAUACUGCGUGUGUUCGGUACACUGGAGCAGCGUGUCGUAUGGAAGUUUGAAGACGAGGGUCUACUUAGGAACGAUGUUCCGCCCAAUGUGCUGAUCAGCAAAUGGGCACCGCAGAACGAUAUUCUGGCGCACCCGAACACGAUCCUCUUCAUUUCACACGGCGGUCAGUUCGGUACGUUCGAAGCGAUGCAUCAUGGAGUGCCGGUAUUGUUCAUGCCGUUCUUUGGCGAUCAGCAUCGCAAUGCGGACCGUGCGAUAAAACAAGGAUUCGCCCAGAAAAUGAGUUUUGAGGCCUUGAACGAGCAGAAUUUCAAGGAUAAUGUGCGUCAUCUCGUAGAGAACGAAAGGUAUUUCGUGCGAGCGAAGGAAAUUUCGAAACUGUUCACCGAUAGGCUGGUGAAACCGAUGGAUGAAGCAAUCUUUUGGAUUGAGUACACUGCACGACACAAAGGUGCUGCUCAUUUGAAGUCGAAAUCGAUUCGUUUCAAUUGGUUCCAGUACAACUCGUUCGAUUUGGUGCUAAUCCUAGCGGCUUUAGUGCUAGCUAUGUAUUUGGCUGUAACAAAAAACGAAUCUGCUGUCCGUAGAUCAUCCAAAAACACCAGACGCGCCAAACCUAAACGAUCGUAAACUUCGGCUAAAAUGAAAACAAUACGCAACUUUCGAUUACCACUUGCUCAGUGUUCUUUCUACGAAUAAAGUUAUACAUAUAUUCUUUGACUGUUUCA